ACGAAGGAGUCUCGACGUCGGGUUCCUCGUUUCCCCCGCCCUGCGCUGUCCUUGGUUGCUCCCGCCCUCUAGUUUCCUGUUCCUUCCCGGCUUCCGUCCUUUCCUUUUGCUCAGCGGCAGCAAGUCUUCGGUGCCAUUAUGGCGAAAAUCAAGGCCCGUGAUUUACGAGGGAAGAGGAAGGAAGAGUUGUUGAAGCAGCUGGACGAUCUCAAAGUAGAACUGUCCCAGCUGCGUGUCGCCAAGGUGACCGGAGGAGCAGCCUCAAAACUCUCAAAGAUCCGGGUUGUGCGCAAAUCCAUCGCCAGAGUGCUGACAGUCAUUAACCAGACCCAGAAGGAAAACCUCAGGAAGUUUUAUAAAGGGAAAAAGUACAAGCCUCUAGACCUGCGGCCCAAGAAAACACGUGCCAUGCGGCGCAGGCUGAACAAGCACGAAGAGGGUCUUAAGACCAAAAAACAACAGCGGAAAGAGCGCCUGUACCCCCCUCGGAAAUAUGCCGUGAAAGCAUGAGCUUCUGGUGCCCGGCUGCCCGGCUGGCUUCCUUUUUCCCAUUAAAGAUGUUUUGUCUUUCAAA